UGUCUUUCAAUAAACAUGGCGGCCUUCAAAGGAGCAGAGGGGAAUCUUUGGUGUGAAUUGCUGUCUUCUGAUAAGUACAGAGACAUCAAGAACUACAAAGAAAACAUGAGUUCGCAUCAUUUCUCUACUCUGUCUCCUUGUUCUUCCUGGCCGUGUCAAAAGGGAAGAAUCUGCGUGCCAAAUUACGAAUACAACUCUUACCAAUGUCUCUGUGAACCAGGUUUUAUGGGAGAAUUUUGUGAGAAAGUUAUUACGUCUUGCAAGGCGCUCUAUGACUUCAAAAGGUCUAAUGUCAGUCAGCUUGUCACCCUCCGUUUGGACUCCCAACCAGUCCCCGUUCUCUGUCACAUGGGAGAUUUUGGAUGUGGAGAUGGAGGAUGGACGCCAGUUAUGAAGAUUGACGGCACAAAGACAACCUUUCACUAUAAUGCGGGUUACUGGAGUAAUAAUGAAGAAUACAACCUUCCCGGGGGAGAGACGGGAUUUGAUAAACAGGAAACAAAGCUGCCCACCUACUGGAACACGUCCUUCUCCAAGAUCUGUCUCGGUAUGAAAAUCGGACAACAUAUUCAGUUCAUUGUCAUCAACAAGCAGGCUCACUCUCUGUACUCACUGAUCGCUGAUGAGCAUUACCGUUCCACCUCACUGGGUCGUGGCACGUGGAAGAAGCUGAUUGGUUCGCAAGCCUCUUUACAGCGCAACUGCAAUAGGGAAGGGUUCAAUGUCCUUUGUGGUGCUAAAGCAAGAAUUGGUAUCGUUGCCAACAACGAAAACAGUUGUUACACGUGUGACUCAAGGAUUGGAUUUGGCACAGGAGGGGUGCACGACAACUCUAACACGUGUGGUAACGAAGCCAUGUACUCCACAGAUAAUGGUCAUAAGCAUAUUAAAGCCAUGGGAUACAUCUUGGUACAAUGAGAAAGAAAUCUUUCAUAUAAUACCGAUAAUCUUUUGGAUCGACGAGAUGAAUAUUUCUCGAAUAAUGAGGUUGCU